CAGCGUGUGUCCGCUGACGUCACUCGCGGGAAUGGCUGUGAAAAAGAAGCGCGAGAUAGAAAGUUAGAAACUUGGGCGCGCAGCAAUACAAGUUUAGCUGGCGGGUGCUCGUGCGCUGCUUAAUGAGAGUGUUUAUGAUAUUUGCGCGACCAACUCAUUAACAUCACAGAUGUUUGUGCGUUUGUAUGCACGCAGCACAGUGUCCUCGUAAAAGUCUGUUUUAUUGGUGCAUUUUGGGCAAACAUUAGGGAAAUGUCGUGGUUUGCGCGCGGUGAGGACGAGGAAGAGGGCAUGUGUCAGGACACAGACUCUGAUGUGGCUGACCAGAAGGAUUGUGGGAAAGUGAAAGUGAAGUGGACUCAGCAGGAGGAUGAUAAGCUGCGGAAAUUGGUGCUGAAAUUUGGACCAAAUGACUGGAAAAACAUUGCUGGCGUUUUACCUAAUCGAUCAGAGCAUCAGUGUCAGCAUCGCUGGUUCAAAGUCUUGGAUCCUGAUCUCGUCAAAGGUCCCUGGACAAAGGAGGAGGAUGAGAAGGUGAUUGAGCUCGUGAAGAAGUACGGCAACAAGCAGUGGGCGAUGGUGGCCAAGCACCUGAAGGGCCGUCUCGGGAAGCAGUGCAGAGAGCGCUGGCACAACCACCUCAAUCCAGACGUCAAGAAGUCUUCCUGGACCCCAGAGGAAGAUCUCAUCAUCUACAAGGCUCACUGUGUGCUGGGCAACCGCUGGGCCGAGAUCGCCAAACUGCUUCCUGGAAGAACGGACAAUGCUGUCAAAAACCACUGGAACUCUACCAUCAAGCGUAAAGUAGAGACGGGUUUUUACACCGGUGUGGACCUGACGCUUCAGGCGCUCCAGCAGCCGGAGAGUGAGGAGACGGGGCAGCGGCAGGUGGAGUCUUGCGAUGAUGGAACCAGUGAGGGAUUACCAGUCGAAGUCUUGAAGAGGGAUCCGGAUGCACAGGAGAAAGUCACCACUGCUCCACACAGAACUGCAUCUCCCAAGACACCGAAAGCUCCAGCGAGCCCCAAAAGUGAAGCUGGAGACUCUAAUGUGUCCACGUCUCCGACUUACCCCCCCCCCUUCCUCUCUCCCUCAGCGGCCCCCAUGCUAAAGGAGGUGAUGGAGCUCAUGGAUGGGGAUCUGGAGGGCUGGUGUACGAUGUCGGACUUUGAGCUGCCGGAGGAGAGCCAGAGCUCCGAGCUGCUUCAGUUUCGUCUGGAGGGCAGCACCCUGCAGGAGCUCAGCAAGGGCAGCAAAGGGGAGCUCAUCCCCAUCUCACCCGGCGGGGCGACGCCUCCGUCCAUCCUGAGCCGCCGCAGUCGCCGCCGCAUCGCCCUUUCCCCAGACUCCAGCGACUCCAUGACCCCCAAGAGCACACCGGUCAAAAUCCUGCCUUUCUCUCCUUCACAGUUCUUUAAUAUGUGGACCAAGCAAGACACGCUGGACCUGGAGAAUCCUUCUCUGACGUCGACUCCUGUUUGCAGCCAGAAGGCCCUCGUCUCGACCCCCCUGCACCGGGACAAAACCCCGCUCACGCAGAAGGAGAACUCUUUGUUUAUCACACCAAAUCACAAAUCUGAUCUGGACACGACUCCCCGGACCCCCACUCCAUUUAAAAACGCCUUGGAGAAAUACGGCCCUCUGCGGCCCCUGCCUCCGACCCCAAAUUUGGAGGAAGACCUUAAAGAAAUGUUGCGCAGUGAGGCAGGAAUCGAGCUGAUAGUAGAAGAUGAAACUCCUACAGAGAAGAAACGCAAGCAAGUGUACCGGCCGCCGAUGAAGAAAGUGCGCAAGUCUUUGGCUCUGGAUGUCAUUGACUGCAGUGAGACUGCUGCUGCACGAAAGCAGCAAAUUAAACACAUGGUCAAAACCAGCCAGAAGGCUCAGAUGGCGCGGUCGCUCCCUCUCGUGUCCUCCUGUGGAGUGAAGAAGGAAGAGAACGUGUUGGAUCAAGGAUUUAUUCUUGGCCCGAAUGAGAGUGGGCUGCCCACUAAACCUGUGCCUCCGACACUGAAACAGAGUCCUCCGUUACCUAUGUCUCCAGUCUGGGAAACGGUGGUCUGUGGACGGACGAAGGACCAGCUGAUCAUGACGGAGAAAGCAAGGCGGUACCUUCGCUCUCUAAAGUCUCAUGCCCCAAACCGAGCGCUCAUUCUUUCCUGAUCCCACGCCGAGUCCCAGUGCAGCUUCUGGAGAUUUUUUUACAAAGCAUAAUGUGUAAAAUUUGUGUUGGUUGAAAAAAAAAAUGUGUAAAUGUCAUGUAGAAUAUGAAACCAAUUACUUGUUCCAGAACAGACUUGAAUGCUGAUAAUACUUUUGUCCUGUUUUCUGUGGCAUAUUAGCACAUUCAGAGCAACAUUUUACUUCAUUUAACCAUGUAUAAUAAGUGUAUUGCUAUUUUGUUUUAUUUAUGUAUUGUCAGCCUGUUUUUGAUGUGGCAGCAAGCAUUUUGCUGCAAAUAUAAAAGGGCGAACAUCCCAAGCCAAGUAAAUAAUCAGGUUACUGUUCAGGGAUCUCAGUAUUUUGUGCUCUGGUCACAUUCUCUGCAUUUGUGUAAGAAAAACACAUCUGCUAGACUCGGCUCAUGUGAUGUACUGGCUGGAUAUACAGUCUGUAUUAAAAGAAAUAGGAUGACAUUUUCCUUGACUUUAGGAGGGUCAACAUGUUGUAAAAUAACAUUUAGGACCUCAGGAUAAGGCCUUAAUUCAGUGUGCAUAGAAACAUGAAAACAUGAUUUGUUUUAUUAUUUUUUUAUUUUUCUGAAAAAGAAAGGUAGGCUACUGUAUGCUACAAAAGAAAAAUAAAACUGCUGUUGGAAGUCUUGAUGGUAA